GUAUUGGGAAACCCCUCCAACCCCUUCGAUUCAGGUGUUCCAAUCACAUCCAUGGCUACAGGUGUAUAAAAUCAAGCACAUAGGCAUGCAGACUGCUUCUACAAACAUUUGUGAAAGAAUGGGUCAUUGUCAGGAGCUUAGUGAAUUCAAGUGUGCUACCAUGAUAGGCUGCCACCUGUGCAAUAAUUCCAUCUGUGAAAUUUCCUUGCUACUAAAUAUUCCACGGUCAACUUUUAGUGGAGUUACAACAAAGAGGAAGCAACUGGGAACAACAGCAACAGCAACCAUGAAGUGGUAGGCCAUGUAAAAUUACAGAGUGGGGUCAGCGCAUGCUGAAGCGCAAAGUGUGCAGAAGUCGCCAAUUGUCUGCAGAAUCAAUAGCUAAAGACCUCCAAACUUCGCGUAGCCUUCAGAUUAGCACAACAACAGUAGAGAGCUUCAUGGAAUGGGUUUCCAUGGCAGAGCAACUGCAUCCAAG